UUUCCAUCUCUAGAAUGGAAACGAACAGAAAAGAUUCUUCUUCAUUACAAAUAUUAAUUAAUAAAUUUAUUUCAACACAUGAAGGACGAAAGAUUGUUUUAGUUACAAGUGGUGGAACAAGAGUGAAAUUAGAAGUAAAUGCUGUCCGUUCAAUUGAGAAUUUUUCAAUGGGCACGAGGGGCGCGGCGAGUACUGAGUAUUUUUUGGAGAAAGGAUAUGCUGUUAUUUUUUUCCACAGAGAAGAAUCUUUAAAGCCUUAUUCUCGUAGAUAUCUUCACUUUUUUGAUCACUUGGAUGUGACAGAUGAAGGGAAAGUUGAAAGUGAGUCAUUUUGUCUUUUGUACUUGCAUUUUGUCAUUUUUGUACUUGUAGGCAUUUUGUCCGUAAUAUUAAAAUCUCUUCCCCUUAUUAUUUUAGUUGUAAACUUCCCCAAUCUCUCAAGAGAUGUCUCCACUUACAAAAGAAAUGCUUCUCGUCUUCUGUUCAUUCCCUUUGUUGAAUUAGAUCAAUAUUUACAUGAUUUGGAAGUUAUUUGUACAUGUUUGCAUAAAUGCGGGCCUAAAGUGCUAAUUUACUUGGCUGCGGCAGUUUCUGAUUUUUAUGUUUUAGAAGAGAGAUUGCCAACUCAUAAAAUCCAAUCUAGAGAUGGCGAAUUACAAUUAACCUUAAGUUUGGUACCCAAAUUGUUGGAAAGGCUUGUGGAGAAGAUUGUGCCUAGUGCUUAUAUUGUCUCGUUUAAGCUCGAAACCGACGAAUCCAUUUUGCUCAAAAAAGCCAAGGACGCAAUAGAAAAGUAUGGGCACAAUGCAGUUAUUGGGAACUUGCUCCAAACAAGAAAGAAAUCAGUUGUUUUUGUAUACCCAAAUAAUAAACCAACAGAAACCAUAAAUAUAGAACAAAAAGAUUUAGAAAAAGGUGUUGAAGAAAUUGAAGAAAAAAUUGUUGGAAAAUUGGUACAGGAACAUGAAGAAUUUAUUACAAAUUUGAGUAAAGUAAAAAAUGAUGUGAAGGAAGUGUAUUAUUAG